AUGUCGUCCCCGGCGCCUGCCAACUCCUCUGGGAGCAACCUCCAGGUCCUCCCGCCAAUUCUCACCAAUGAAUCAGUAAAACCAUCGCCAAGUGCAAAGGAUCGAUUGUCGACCUACUCGAAUCUCUCCUUCACAUCCCAGAACCGCUCACGCCCAGGCUCCCACGUGUUCCCCAUCUUUCAUACCAGUCUUCCCUACGCUCUGGUGCGAGACUUUGCCUACCCGCCUAUCCACCCACUACAUUAUGGACCUCCUCCUCCUCAUGCCUCGGGCGUCUCGACGCCUGCGAGCGAAUACCGUCGCUUGUCAGACCCCCCAAGUUCGUGGGACACCUCGAGAGGUCCAUGGUCAUCGGGCCCGUGGAGCACAGAGAACAACCAGGGUCAGGGUCAGGGUCAGAGUCAGGGCCAACAACAGCAACUUCCGGCCAUGUCAUUCGGCGAUGGACCCCCAUACAGUGAGGAUGAAGACCUUCACAGCCCGGUCGUCACCACCUCGCGUCAGCGUCAAAAGUCUACUAGUAUCGACUCGAACGGUGACGAACAAAUCACCGCAACGGAACGAGAUCGCGGUACCUACGUUGGUAUAAAUUCCGACGGUAGUGAAACGUAUUAUGCGAACAACAGUGAUUCAAUGGAAAAUGGGCCUGGCGGGGAGUAUAUCACAUACCCUGCUAGUCAAGGACGGCAUUCAUACCAUGCUGGUGGCCAGCAAGGAUAUGUCCCGGAAACUGGAUUUACACCUGAGGAAGGAAAUACCGGGGUUAGUCGGUAUUCGAAUGAUUACCAAUUUGCUGUUGGCUGCCCCGAUGAAGAAAUGCACGGCAAAGCGGUUGCGCUUUUCGAUUUCACGCGCGAGCAUGAGAAUGAGCUUCCCCUAACAGAGGGCCAGGUGAUCUACGUUUCAUACCGACACGGCCAAGGCUGGCUCGUUGCGGAAGACCCAAAGACCGGAGAGAAUGGACUUCCUGGCCCAGAUAUUUCGGACACCAGUGCAACUCUGAGCAUGGAGACAAGUGACGAUAGUCAUGAUUCCACGCCUGUCAACACUGGCCACUCUACUCCUACGCAGAAUGAUAACUCUGGCACAAAUGGCAACUCCCAUCUGACAAUUUCUGUCGACGAACCCGAUUCUGUUCCCGUUCCGGGAUCUAAGACAUCUAGUGGGGGCAAUCGUUCCAGCUUGCUAGCGAAAACCUGA